UCUAUCAUUAGCCUCGCUCCACUAGCUAUUAAGAAGUUUCAAUAGGCACUAGUCUGUGCGUAUGAUGCGCCUACAUUGGAAGAUGAGAUCCUACUUUUGAUGAUCAUAAUGACCUCCUCACUAGGAACCUCAGACAGACCAAAUGCUCAUAUUUCCCGCUUCUGACCUGGAGAGCACCUGUACAAGACACAACAUCAGGAGACUUCGUCCUGAGCACUCAGGGGUGCCUCCGGAAACACUCAAGCGGUACUGCUGGGGAUCGAACUCGGAACCUCCCACAUCCCCAACCAAUCAAACCAACGAUUUCACCUCUACAUCUUUGACUAUACUAAUCUUCUCUGUAUCGUUCCAAAGCAUGACUCUUGUCUCGUCUCCCUAGUCUCAACAAAUAUUUUAAGGCUAUAAAAGAACUACAAGGCAUAGAAAUAUCAAAUACUUUGACCAUCGCGGUGCCCCGGACCUACUCCAUUACGGAAUGCUGAUUUUUGGGGGACUCAUAAAACCUAUUAAAAAAAACUGCAUGUUUACAGGUAGGCAGCUACUUGCUACUGUUUUAUGCUCAGUUCUUACGUUUCCCAGAAGAAACAAAAUCGGACAACUGCCCGCACGCAUUCAGUAUUUCAGUUCUUACGAUUCCCAGAAGAAACAAAAUCGGGCAUGCAGCCUCCAGUCUUCCAGCCUGCCUUCUUCCAAUUGCCAUGUUGAUUGAUAGAUGCAGGCAGCAGCAGCCUCUUCCCUUGUCGGUUGCCGGUGGCCCAACUUUCCUUUGCUUUUUCUCCUUUGGAACAGAAUUUUCCACCAUAAUUAAUCCCUCAGUUGAAACGUCUUCCUUCCUUGCCCACUUGCUAAUCUUUUAGCAAUGACGAUCUCCAGUCAAAUCUCAACCAUAUACUUUUCCCCACCAUUCCCCAUCAUUUCUUCAAGGCUCUGUUUCCCCGCCUCCCCAAAUCCAUUCGCGCCCGCCGCCGGCGACCAAUGGAAGCCGGUGGGAAAUCAGAUGACAAAGCGAUUCGAACCCAUGAUGUUGUUCUCCAAAUCAGAAGCCCAGACUCCCGCCAGCCGCAGCAACUGUUCUUCCCCAGUCCCGAAAACAGAGAUCUUCUCCCUCCAACCAGCCCGCCGCAAGUAGCUUCGUUUCCUCCCACUCCCAGGAACAGCAACAAACCCAAUGCCGAGCUGAAUACACCGGAGUCGGAGGCUCCCACUCCCAGGCUCAGAGUCCCCCACGCCUCCACUUUCCCCAAUUCUCCGGGGACGCCACCAUGGUCGACGGCGAUUCCCUCCCCUGUUUCGAACCCAGCUCCGGCCAGUUCAAUCACAAGACGGAAGUCCCGGAUAUGGCAAUCGGAGUUCAGCAGGCCGAAAUCAAGGCUCGUCGAGCCGCAGCCGCCGUUCGCGAGCGACGCGAUUCUCAAGGAAGCCAAGACGGGGGAGGCGGCGGCGAGCUCCGGUGGCUCGCCUUACAACAAGAAGUCCCCCCACCGCUCCAAUUACAAUAACAGCAGCGCGAUUUCUAGUGGGAAUGGGAGUUUGUCAAGAGGUACGGCGAAGCUGGCGACUCCGAUUACUCCCAGAACGCCGUUGAUUGGAUCUCCAGAGCGAGAUGAAGAGGAUGACGGCAAUGGGGUUUGCAAGACCGCGAACGUCGUCCAGGUGAAGAGCAGCAAGAUGGGUAACAAGUGGAAGGUAAUGGCGUUGCUUGAGACCACGGCGUUUUUUGCUAUAGUGGGGCUGUUGAUUGCUAGCUUGACAAUUCACAGGCUGCAGAAUUCCUACAUCUGGGGUUUGCAACUCUGGAAAUGGUUCGUUCUUGUUUUGGUAAUUCUCUGCGGUAGAUUGGUUACGGAAUGCUCGGUGAAUGUGUUGGUGUUCUUGGUGGAAAGGAAUUUCUUGCUCAAGAAGAAGGUUCUUUAUUUUGUGUAUGGUUUGAAGAACAGUUUCCAGGUGUUGGUUUGGCUAGGGUUAGUGCUUUUAGCUUGGGAGCUCUUGUUCACUCAUGGUGUUGAGAGAUCUCCAAGGACUGCAAGGGCUCUCAGUCGAAUGACUAGAGCCAUUGCCGGGUUUCUAGCCGCGGCUGGGAUUUGGCUGCUCAAGACUCUGUUGAUCAAGUUGGUGGCUUCCUCGUACCAUGUCAAUAGAUUCUUCGACAGAAUCCAGGAAUCCAUCUUCCAUCAGUAUGUUCUGAGGGCUCUCUCGGGUCCUCCGGUGAUGGAAAUGGCUGAGGCGAUUGGAAGCGGAGUUGGGACGCCAGGGCGGCUGAGCUUCAGGAGCAUAGACAAGGAGAAGGAAGAGAAGAAAGAGGAAGUGAUUGAUGUGGAUAAGCUGAAGAAACUGAAGCAUGAGAAGGUCUCUGCUUGGACCAUGAAAGGGUUGAUUGAUGUGGUUCUUGGCACUGGGUUGUCAACUCUUUCAAGCAUACUUGAAGACACUGAAGAAACUGAGGAGGAGUAUCAGCAGAAAGACUAUGAGAUUACCAGUGAGUGGGAAGCCAAACUCGCAGCGCAUAAGGUCUUCAGGAAUGUAGCCAAAACUGGCAGCAAGUACAUUGAUGAAGAAGACCUGCUCCGAUUCUUGAAGAAGGAAGAGGUGGACAAUUUCAUUCUCCUGUUCGAAGGAGCUUCAGCAACUGGCAAGAUCAAGAGAUCUGUUUUCUGGAAGUGGCUGGUCAAGGUGUACAAGGAGCGAAAAUCGUUGGCACAUUCGUUACAUGAUACCAAAACUGCAAUCGAGGAGCUGAACAAGCUGGUUUCAACUAUUCUGGUUCUCUUAAUGAUUGUUGCGUGGCUACUAGUAAUGGGAUUCCUUUCAACGCAAGCUCUGCUCUUCAUUUCCUCGCAAAUCUUGCUAGUUGCAUUCAUGUUUGGAAACACCGCCAAGACAGUGUUUGAAGCCAUCGUGUUCGUGUUUGUGAUGCACCCCUUCGACGUGGGGGAUCGUUGUGUCGUCGAUGGAGUCCAGAUGGUCGUCGAAGAGAUGAACCUACUGACGACGGUGUUCCUGAGGUACGACAACGAGAAGAUAUUCUACCCCAACUCGGUCCUGGCAGGCAAACCCAUCAGCAACUUCUGCAGGAGCCCCGAGAUGAGCGAUGGGGUCGAGUUCGCUGUGGACGUUUCGACUUCGAUGGACGAGAUCGGGGCCAUGAAAGUGAGGAUCAAGGGUUACUUGGAGGGCAAGCCACAGCACUGGCGACCGGCACACAGCGUGCUGGUGUUGGGGAUUGAAAACAUGAACAAGAUGCGUAUGGGUUUGUACGUGAAUCACACCAUGAACUUCCAGAGCGGGGAGAGAGGGGGCAGGAUUUCCGAUCUGAUGGUGGAGAUGAAGAAGAUUUUCGAGGAGGUCGGGAUCAAAUACCAUCUGCCGCCGCAGGAAGUUCAUGUCAGAUACGUGGGAGGAUUAACAGCUAACGCUGCUGGUGCAGGGCCUUUGCCGCCGCCUCCAAGGUGACUGAGGACCUCCCUCUGCAGCUCUCUCCAUGGUCUGUUCAUAUGGGUUUCUUCUUCUUAUGCUUUUUUUUCUUUUCUUCUUCCUUCUGUAUCAUAGUCACAGGUUCCAGAGCUUUUGGCUUUUUAGUUUUUGAUUAUACAUCACGCAAGUGGUACAUGUAUUUUUCUUUUUACAAAGAAUUGCUUACAAUGUAUAGUUCUUGGCUUCCUGCACAGUUCUGUGUAGUAAGCUAAUGAAUUUAUUCUUUCUUCGGCAAAACAAAUAAAAGCAAUGUAUGGUAUGCUUCCUGCACAGUUCUGUGUAGUAAGCUAAUGAAUUUAUUCUUUUAUCGGCAAAACAAAUAAAAACAAUGUAUGGUAUUUGUGCAGAGGGGUCGAACCACUAAUCCAAUGGUUGGCAUUGAGAAAUCUUACCAUUUCGACUAGGGGUUUUCCAUUUAUAAUACAAACAUGUUUAAAUAUAUCAAUGCUAAUUAUCUGCCUAAUAUCAAAACACAAAACUCUAAUCGUCAAUCCCUGUAAUCCCUAGUUACAAUUUCGUUCUUCCUCCACCUAGCAGUAGCAGAGGUACUGCGAGUUGCACGCUGAGAUCGCCAUACCUCCAAGCUUUCCAUCCUCCAGCCUCCAAGCUCGCCGAACCUCCACCUCCCACCCAUAUUUUCGGCUCCUACCCAACAAAUCCAAACUAUCUCCAGCCUCCAUAAACCCUUCUCAUUUCAAUCGCGAGCAGGGCUGGGGAGCAACAAGCCAGCAGCACAAAAAUUACUUUGUUUGACAUCUUCAAAUCUUUAACAACAAAGUAAAAUCUAAGUUUUAAUAUCAAUUACUUGAAAGUUUUGUUAUUUGUGUUAAUUUAGGGUUAGGUUUGUGUGUUUGUUAUACUCAAUUUCAUCUCCAAAUUAAGUACAUGGACUGAAUUAGUCAUAUAAUGAAGUUGAUUUUCAUAUUUUCGUUUAGAGUUGACUUUUUCAUGACAUGAAAAAGCACCCCUUGGUCAAUUUUUUUUUGGCUCCGCCACUGAUAGAGACUAUCUAUUAUUCUAUUUUAAAUAGUUUGAAUUUCAUCAAUAUUAAUAUUUACCAGAUUCGGGUACUAAAUUAAAAUCUUGUUUAUAACUCAAUUGAGUUUUGGGUAUUCACAGGUAAUACUUAUCUUUUCAAUUAUUAUGUUACAUAAGUAUAAUAAAAAUAUAUAAAUAACAAAUCACAAUAGUUCUUGAGAUGCCACGUAGCAACUAGGAAUACCAAAUAUGUUGAAAUAAAAAGUAAUAUUUUAU